UGAUCCGACACUCAGCCUUGGGAUAUAAGCUCGUGCCCCGCGUCGCAACGUCGGCUGAGAUGGAAGGGGCUUCAAGAUAUCGGUUCAUCGGUUGUAUAGUUAUUUGAGGUGUAUUUGAGCGCGUUGUUGUCUUGCUUUUAUUGUUGUUGUGUUAAGCUUUUAAGCCGAGCUUUGGCUGUUCUUAUCUUUGGCUUUGUUCGUUUGCGACUACAUCGUGUGAUCCGACUAGAGCCUCACGUAACCUUCGAACCUCCUUCAACUUCAGCUUGUCUUAUCACUCGCACACGAUCGAUUUAACAUCGAGUACCUCUACAAGUAUCUCGCAUCGAACUUUUCAAGCAAUACAAGGCAACAUGGGCUUUAAUCUGAAGCAACAGCUUGUUGCCUAUGGCGCGUACCAUCGCGACCCGACAAAUGUCAAGAUUCAUAUGACUUGCGUGCCAUGGAUUAUGGCGACGGCUUUCUUCUUGGGCACUAACACCCCGACUCUCCCCCUCCGCACCCCCUCGCUCCUCACAAAACUCCACCUCCCCCUCAAUCUCUCCACCCUCGCCGGUCUAACCUACUCAACCCUCUACCUAUAUCUCUCCCCUAAUAUCGCGGGCUCUACCCUCGCACCGCUUGUCCUCUCUAUCUCCUCCUUCACCAACAUCCUACACACUAAAUACCAAACCUCGCUUAAGAAACUCAACACCAUCGCCAGCGCUAUCCACGUCGUGGCCUGGAUCCUACAAUUCAUCGGUCAUGGGAAGUUUGAGGGUAGGAAACCAGCCUUGUUGGAUAAUCUUGCGCAAGCGCUAUUUUUGGCACCGCUGUUUGUGUGGUAUGAGGGGUUGUUUAUGUUGGGGUUUUAUAGGGAAUUGAGGGUGGAGGUGGAGGAGGGGAUUGAUGCAGAGAUUAGGCGGGUGAAGGAGGGGAAGAGGAAAUAGAGG